UUGGUCAUUGAGCACAACAAAGAUGGCAGCGCCCAUGGCCAUACUUUUCUACGUUGUCUUGCGUUAGGAGACUAUUUUAUCAGUUCUAACUUCAUUUCUUGAAUUAAAAAUGGAUGAAGAUGAAUAUGGAGAUGUUGACUGGAACUAUGACCAGGCUGAAGCCCCAGUGGACGAGGAUGAAGAGGAGGAAGAAGAUGAGGAUCCUGAUAGAUACAAAGAGAAUGAAGAUAUCCAGAAAGAAUGUCUGGAAGCCUUUGCUAGUACAGAUUACAUUAUGGAACCAGGGGUCUUCAAGGAUCUCAAGAGGUAUUUCAAAGCAGGAGGAGGCCCAGAACAGGUUGUUGUUUUGUUAUCAGAGAACUACACUGCUGUAGCACAGACUGUUAAUCUCCUCGCAGAGUGGCUUAUAUUCACAGGUGUAAAUCCUACUGAAGUUCAACAAAUGGUGGAAGAUCACCUUAAAGUGCUGAUUGUCAAACAUUUUGAUCCAAAGAAAGCUGAUACUAUCUUCAGUGAGGAAGGAGGGACACCAGCAUGGUUAGAAGCGAUGAUUCAACACAGAACAUGGAGGGCGCUCUUUUAUCAGCUCGCAGAAUCAUACCCAGACUGCCUCAUGUUGAACUUUACUAUCAAGCUUAUAUCUGACGCUGGUUUCCAGGGUGAGAUUGGGGUUGUUACCACGGCUUGCCAUGAGAUUGGAGUCUUCUCCAAGGUCCUUCAGACAUCCAUCAAUAAACUCCUAGAAGGGGGAGAGGAGGCCAUAGUUAAACAUCUACCUGAAUUCAGUAAAAUGGUUUGUCAUGGUCAGCACACAUUCCUUUACGCUGAGGUAAUGAUGCAGCUACUGGCCAGGCAAGAUGGAGGGGAAUCAAUCAUCAGGAGAUUAUGUCAAGAAGUUCAGGCUGUUGGACAUCAGAGGGGUGAAGGGGUAACCCAGAUCAGUCUUGCGGUCAGUAGCGCCACUGCCUACCCUCGGGCCUGCCAAGCACUGGUCUCCAUGAUCUCUCGCAAGGCCCUCAACCCUGCCGACAUGACAGUGCUUUAUAAGAUGUACAGUGAUCCAGACCCCCCUCCUGUGGAGUUAAUAAGGGUUCCUCAGUUCUUCACCCUUUUCAUCGAGGCACUCUUCAAACCUGGUGCCACCAUUAACCCGGAUCACAGACCAAAGUAUACUUACCUUCUAGCCCAUGCUACCUGUGCUCAUGAAACAUGGAGACUGGGUAAGAGAACAUCAGUAACAAAGGACGAGCUGAAGGCCACCAACGUAGCCAUAGAGAAGAUACAUGCUAUCUGCAGCUCAGGCAAGAAAGGGGAAUCAGAACUGAGUAUGGAACUCACUACAGUCUAUCAGUGUAUCAGAUACCCUGUAAUAGCAAUGGGCGUGGUGUACUGGGUAGACUGUGUUGUUCAAGAUCCAACAUACUUCCAGAGGUUAACAGAUCACACUCCUAUACAUCUACUUCUUCUUGAUGAGGUUGUGAAUUGUCAUCAGUUACUACAUUCCAAGGUUCUUGAGGUUCUUAUACGACAGUUUGCAGCACCCUACCCUGAACUAGAUGUCAUGAUUCAGAUGGAACUAAAGAAGACAAUCUUAGAUCGGAUGGUGCACCUGCUUAGCAGAGGCUAUGUAGUACCUGUCAUCAAGUAUAUAGCCAAGUGUGUGGAGAAACAAGACACUGAUAUAUCACUCAUCAGACAUUUUGUUACAGAGGUCUUGGACAUGAUAGCCCCUCCAUACACAUCAGAUUUUGUCCAGCUCUUCCUGCCAGUUAUCGAGAACAGCGACAUCACCGAUUCAUUACGAAGUGAAGAUGGAAAAGACCCCGUUUCAGACUUCAUAGUACAUUGCAAGACACAUUUCAUCAUGAUGUGAGUCAAACAUGUGGAAAGUAUGAACCUUCGGUGAUCUUGAAUGGUCACACUUUGAUCAAGAUCCAAGAAUGUCCAAGAACUUCAGUCUAUCAUGAGGAGGAAAUCUACACGUUUACCAAAGUCCACAGUGAUAUCGCUGAAGAAAGGGGAACGCCCUGGAUUUUGAAGGAUCCCCUUUCCUAUAAACAUACAUUCAGAGAUAUUGCUUGGAUACGGACAUUAUGUAGAAGUGUGGCUUCGUGGAUGUCAGUCUUUUGUAAUAGCAUCACAGUGGUUCCUAACAGAAAACAUUGCAGGAAGUGCUUAUUUGGAAGUUGGAGCCAGCGAAUCGAAUUUGUGGUGACCACCAUCAGCACAGAUCUUGGGUUACUGUUUAGAACCAGUUUACAUGAAUCCAUGCAACACAAUUCUGUGUUUCAUUGGAUGUUACCUUGCUCCCAGGGACAUUCCAUAGGAAGAUUUUAUUAAGAGCAAUGUUCUAUUAUAGAACAGUACACUCAAAAGAUGGAUCUGCCUUUGUAGUUGAUGUAAUCCAAGAUGUGAGAAAAUCUGACAUUAUCCUGGCCUUUAUAUAAGAAAUAAACCCUUUAUGAAUGUGCCAAAGUUGGUUCAUUUAGAUUUUCAUAUGAAAGGUUAUGGCAAGUAGUGAAUGGUCUAAUUUCCCUUUUGUAUAUUCAAUUUCCCUUUUUUUCUAGUCAUUGUUUUAUUCUAUUACCGGACCAUUGAAUCCAAAACUAAUGGGGCGUUUGCAAGAAACAUGCAAUUGAUGGCAGGGUCAUUUUGGUCCAAAAUCAAUAACAAGUCUUGUAAUCAAUUGUUAACUUGCAUUCAACUGCCGAUUUGCUUGAAGUUUAAAUUGAUUUGCUAUAGUUAAAAUUGAUAUAUCAAUUGUAAAUUUGCCACAGAAAUUUGCAAUUGCUUGCAAAUAUUGUCUUGCAACACCCUUUAAGUGAUGUUAGACCUGGGUUUAGUCUAAUAUGAUAAGACAAUCAUGGUUAAUUGGAAUUAGCCAUUUGUGGCAAUCAGCCAAACUGGGCUAAGAAUAGUAUAUUGGUAUCAAUGGGACUAUGGCCUCUCUGGACACCUGGGAUAGUAAAGGACCUAGCAAAAUUAAUUUUAAAAAUUCAAAUGUAAAGACUUGUCAUGGUGAAUUCAGAAUUCAAGAUUGCUUGAAAUCGUUAAUAUCAGCUUAUACAAUUUAUCAAUAUCAAUAUGAUCAUUGGGAACAAAGAAAUAGACAUAGGGUCCCAAGUGAAUGGAAGAAUAUUUAUUGGAUCUAAUAACAAAAAGGUGUCGUUUUGAAUACUAGAGCAAUUGUUGAAGGUUCAAUGAAGAGAUAUAUGUAUACAUUGUAUCAAAUUCAUGGGUGGUUUUGAAAAAUAAACAUGAAUUAUGCAGAUCAUAUGCUUUUAGCGACAAGUGAAUUUAAUGCCACCAAAAAAGCAUGCAGUCAGUUUUUCACAGUUAACUGAAAAAUCUUCAUCUUAAUUUAAUGUCAUAAUGUAAAGGUAAUCUGUAGAAAUCAUGAUUUUAUUCCACCAGCUUGGUAAAUUUGGGCCAUUCAUUCUGCUCUUCGUUAUCAUGUUCCUUGAGCAUCUACAACUUUAUUUAACUAUCACAAAAGAAUGUAAAAUGAACUCUGCUUGUUUUGUGUAUCAUCAAAUUUUAUUCAAGAACAAGAUAGAAAUUCUCACACAUUCCAAUAAUGAAAUAUAGGACGGAAUUCAUUUCCAUAAAACAUUUAGACAAAAUAAUUAUUUAUAUAGUACAUUGAAAGGGUGAAAACAAUUUUAUGCACUCUAAGUGUUCUUGAUUAAUUUUCAAUUGCAUUAGAAUAAAGGAAAUCCUUUAUGCAAUUGAGUGCAAAUAAAAUAUAUAUAGUGAUGUGAGUUACUUGUAAACAAGUAUAAAUGCAUGUUCCGAAUCAAAACUUUGUGACAACAAAGGCCUCAUUCAAAUCAAAUGUAAUGUUUGUAAAAUAUGUAUAUAUGUACAGUUUACAAUAAAUGAAUAAAACACA